CGGAAGUGAUGUGGCUCCCCACAUAGCAAGCCAAAGAUAAACACGUAGCCAGACGAGCAGGGGCGAGGAUAAGAAGAUAUCUCAGAAAGUGCUGCUUUAAACGGCCCAAAUGGAGUAGCUGGUAAGAAUACAAAGAUUUUAGCACGCAAGGAAACACCCGUGAAAUCAACCAAGGAGCGAGUCUUCCAGCGGACAUCGAGUCGUAUCUGUAGCUGAGUCCAAGAUGGUGCGAGCAGCCUUGGUGACCGCCACCAGUCUGGCACUGACUGGAGCCGUGGUGGCACACGCUUACUUCCUCAAACACCAGUUCUACCCGACUGUGGUCUACCUCACCAAGAGCAGCCCCAGCAUGGCGGUGUUGUACAUUCAAGCCUUUGUGUUGGUGUUUCUGCUGGGAAAGUUCAUGAGGAAGGUCUUUUUUGGACAGUUAAGGGCUGCAGAAAUGGAGCACCUCAUCGAGCGCUCCUGGUACGCGGUGACCGAGACGUGCCUGGCAUUCACUGUGUUCAGGGAUGAUUUCUCCCCCCGCUUCGUCGCCCUCUUCACUCUUCUGCUCUUCCUUAAGUGCUUCCAUUGGCUGGCUGAGGAUCGGGUGGACUUUAUGGAACGAAGUCCAAACAUAUCCUGGAUUUUUCACUUCAGAGUAUUAUCUCUCAUGGCUCUGCUGGGUGUCUUGGACUUUCUGUUCGUCAACCAUGCCUGUCACAGCAUCAUUACCAGAGGAGCCUCAGUCCAGCUUGUUUUUGGAUUUGAGUACGCCAUCCUGCUGACCAUGGUGCUGACAACCUUCAUCAAGUACGUCCUGCACACUAUUGACCUGCAGAGUGAAAACCCCUGGGACAACAAGGCUGUCUACAUGCUCUAUACUGAGCUCUUCACAGGUUUCAUCAAAGUGCUCCUGUACAUUGCUUUUAUGACGAUCAUGAUAAAGGUCCACACCUUCCCCUUGUUUGCUAUCCGCCCCAUGUAUCUGGCUAUGAGGCAGUUUAAGAAAGCUGUAACAGAUGCUAUAAUGUCUCGAAGAGCCAUCCGCAACAUGAAUACACUAUACCCCGAUGCUACUCCUGAAGAUCUGCAGGCCUCUGACAACGUCUGCAUCAUCUGUCGGGAGGAAAUGGUCACAGGAGCCAAGAAACUACCUUGUAAUCACAUUUUCCACUCCAGUUGCUUGCGCUCCUGGUUCCAGAGGCAGCAGACCUGUCCCACCUGUCGCAUGGACGUCCUCCGGGCGUCUAAUAAUAACAAUCAGACUCCAGCCCCAGCACAGGCUCCGCCCCCUGCUCCAGCAGCCCCCGCCAACGCUCCAGCAGCCCCGCCUGCCAACGUGGCUCCAGGCAUGUUACCUGGCUUUCCUCCUGGUAUUUUCCCCUUCUGGGGUCCCUUUCCCGCAGUGCCUCCUCCUGCUGCAGCAGUCGCAGCUCCUGGUGCUACUGACGCUCCACAAAGCAGCACAGAGGCUACACAGGCAGCUGGUACCAGCCAGCCCACCUCGUCUACUGCAGACACCGCUGCUGCAGCAGCUGCUGCUCCAGGGUCAACAAUCCCAGGAUUCCCCUUCUCCUUCCCCCCUCCUCCCUUCCCCACUGCACCAUGGCUGCCCAUGCCGCCACCUCCUCCCUUUGUGUCAUCGAUGCCUCCUCCUCCUCCGUCUCUGUCCCGUCUGUCAGAGGAGGAGCUGAGGGAGCUGGAGGCAGAGGGCCGACGGGGCCUCGAGGCCAGACUCCAGUGUCUCCAAAACAUCCACACCCUGCUGGACGCCGCCAUGCUCAACAUCCACCACUACCUCAGCACCGUCGCCACACUCACUCCUCCGCGGGCUGAGGGCGGCGCUGGAGAAGCCAGCGGGACGACCCACUCUGCUUCAUCCCCCUCAGCUGAUAGUAGCACAGAGAGUCCCAGACAGGAGAAGGACUCUACCAGCUCUGAUCAAGUGAGUGAAGCUACAGUCUCUCAGCCUGCCGACUCGACUUCCGCCGGCUCGGACAAUGACAGAAAAGAAACGAUGGAGGAGGGAGCGGAGGACGAGGACGGAGAGCCGAACGCCGCUGAGCUGAGGCGUCGUCGCCUUCGUAAGCUAGAGACAUCGUCGUCGUCGUCGUCACCCCCUCCUGACAAUUGAUCCAUGACUCGGACAUAUCGCUCUGGACCAACAGGAACUGUGGACAUGGAUCAUCUGUUGCUUUGGUUCGUCGUUGCCUCUCUUAUUUGUGGCUCUUGCCUUCCACAGGCUCAGGUUUCUGACUGCGUCCAGUUGGACUCUGGUUGCCGGGAGACGCGGUGGUCUUUACAGCUUAUCUGGACUGUUUCUGUGUCAGAAAGCAAUAGCACAACUUUUUUUUUCUCCCACUGCUUAUUCCCCCCCACCCUACCCCCCCACAGAAUGACUACUGCAAUAAGUGUACUGCAGAUGUUUGUAAGUUGAAUCAGGUGGAAGAGGAAGUCUCGUUUCAUUUAUCUGGUCAGCGUGAGAGAAAGAGAGAGAGAGACGUGUCUGGGUUUAUGUUUGGUAGUUUUACUGUCGUUGAGGUCCUUGCCUGCACUGUGAUUUUUGUUUAAUUCAGCUGUCUCCAGUAUAAAGGUGGUCACACUCGCUACAUCAACGUUGUUACACAGCACACGGAUCACUGUCCGACCCGGUGAAUUCAAAUCGAGGGAGGUUGAUCAACUACUUUUGGCUUUCGCUUCAUUUUGUUUUUCUUUACCAUUCAUCUUCUGUUUCUUUGUUUCUCAACAUGUUGCCACUGCAGAUGUUGUAACAUACUGAUUUAUUUGAAUGUGUACAUACUGUAUAAAGAGUUUUAAUAGGAUGAUCUGUACAUAAUGCAGAAUAAACCGUUUGACUGAAAAGGCA